UUGGGAAUGACUCAGCUGAUCCUCCUCCUCCUCUUGAUUGAGUCACUAUGUAGCCCGGCCCACGCGACGAUGCACGCCAUCCAGGCGAGUUACCUUGGUAGCGCCUGUGAUAGUGCAGCACCCUACGCAGUCUACGCAGCGCAACGCGGCGACUGCGAGGAAGCGACUUGCUCCGACAACGUCAGCACCGAAGGCGAGAGCUUCACAGUCCAGUGCUCCACCGACUACUUGCAGGCCAUGCGCGACGCGUUCGGGGACUCGGAGUACAUCAUCCAGGAGGUCUUCUCGGAUGAUCCGUGCAAUACGUUCGAAUACGCCAUUGGAUUCCUUGUGACGGACACCUGCACGGGAGGAUACUUGACCGACAACUACUACUUCACCAGCAACUUGUCAGACAUCGGUACGGCCUCGAUACAGAUUUUCCAGAACUCGGACGGGUCGUCGUCGGCAGACGACAGCUCCUGCGCGUACGGCAGUGUUGAGAUUGACGCCGCAAGAGACCAACUGGAACUCCACACUUGCUUGGCCGUUCAUUCCGACAUCAAGUUGUACGAUGUCUACCGCGUCGAGUACUUCAUUGCAAUGAAGUACAAAUGGUACAGCAGCAACGACAGGGACGAUGAGGGCGGGCUGAGCACUGGGGAGGUGGUUGGCAUCGUAUGCGGCAGCGUAGCGGCUGUGGUCAUCGGCGUCGGGGUCUGGAUAUUCUAUCGGCGUCGGCUGGAGAUGAAGCGUGGGGGCAAACUGCCAUCUACGGUCUCAUCUGGCGACGCGGCUUCACUUGAGGCAGCAUUAGGUGCUAGCACUGGGCUG